UUGAAGGUGUUUGCGUGGUGUUGUGUGAAAAUUGUUAAAAGAAUUGCGAAUUGUGUGUGUGCCUUAUUAAGUAAACGUCUACAUACAAAAAUUACUGAGUAAAUGGAUUUCGACCAGGAGGCGAAUAUAUUCUUCAUUGGUGAAGAAAUUAUCACACAAAACGUAAAUGAAGAAAAUCAUUUGGAAAGUCUACGCCAAAUCAUUUGCGGCAAAAUGGAAUUCGGAGAAAACGUUUUGCAAAGGCCAUUGGAUUGUUGCUUGGAUGUAGAAGGCUUAUACCUGAUUAAAGAUGAAGACGUAAAUGAAAUUUUUCCUCAAACAAUGCUUGGUAUGAGGAUUAAAUUCCGGGAAAGACUUUCGCAUUGGCGACAAAACGAAGCGCGUACUAUUUCAUCUUUAAGUUUGUGUAAAAGCGGCCAGAAUUGCAGUCAGGAUUCACAAAAUUCUACAAAAUUCACGCAAACAAGCUUAGAUGUGCUUCUAAAUAGUACACCAAAAGGAAAUAGUAUACUUCAACAAUACAAAGAAAAAUUAUUUCUGCUAGAUGUUCACAGAGAAGCUUUAGUGAACAUUAUUUUGAACUACUUCAGCGAACGGUCUCUACCUAUCACAAUGAAAGAUAUUGUGAAUUUUUCGGAGCAAAUAGUGGCCAUAUUUCCCACUGAAAACAUGCGUUUUUACUGUAACCGCCGAGAAGGCAAAAAUCCUACAGGGAAGCUGUACGAUAAAGCGACAAAUGUUCGUAGAAAACUCAACAAGCAACGUGAAGCUGAAGUUCCAAAUGAUACAGAAGUUUUAAAAAAUAAAGAUUCGGCGUCUUACAGCAAUGAUCAGAAUGCAAUCACCAAAAAAUUGUGGCUUGCACACAAUAUGGAGACCUGGAGUGAUGUAGUAAAAAAAUGGGACGAAACAAUCGAAAUAAGACGGCAGGAUAUUUUCGAUGGAAAAGUAAAUAUCUUUGCUGAUUGGCCGCUGCUUAAGCACACCCUUGGAUAUACAUUAAUUGAAAUAGAUUUUACGGCAAAGUAUACCGACAAGACACAAAAUUUGAUCAAUGACUGGCGCAAUUUUAAAAGAGUUAUUAUUCCCUAUAUGAGAGACAAAAUUAAAGAUACUGCAUCAAACAAUAUGCUACUCAUGAUUGAUGACAAUGUUGACUCGGACUCAGCCGACUGCAUAAUAACCUUACUAAUGCAUUCUAUACUGAAACCACCGCUAGUUUCCAUUAAUAAAACUCCUGGUAGUAAGCGACUUAAAUGGAAACCGUCUAUAUGUGACGCACAAAACGUUACAGUGCUGCUGUGUGAAUGUGUAAAUGACUACCAGAGAAACUAUGACGAAAUGAAAUGUAAAGCCAUGGAAAGAGGUAUUUCGCUGCAACCACAAAUUUUGGUCAUAGGAAAAGAAUUGUCAAGAUUAGAAAGUUAUUAUAUUGUUUUUGAUAAUAUACUUUAUAAGGUACCAACAUUUGUAAGAGCGCUUGACAUAUUAUUUAAAUUAUUUCAUGUAUUAAAUUUUGAAUACCCAAUAGAAGCUAAAUAUUUGUUCGAUUUCAUAGAAAAAUACUUUUUUAAAUUUGAAUGCUCAGUAAACCCUAAUAUAUUAUUAUUAAUCAAUUAUUUGGAAAGUACAAACAAAUUGUCAAAUUAAUCCUGUAAAAUGU